AUGUCGACGUCAGUCGGGUUCGUUGGCCUCGGCGCCAUGGGCUUCGGCAUGGCCUGCAACCUGCAGAAGGGUGGAAAGUACAUAGUCAAGGGAUACGACGUCUGGCAGCCGAGCGUCGAGAGGUUCGUGGCCGAUGGCGGGCAUCCAGGCCAGUCGCCUCGAGAUGUUGCCCACGAUAGCGCGUUCCUCGUCUGCAUGGCCGCCAAUGCGCAGCAGGUCGACAGUAUUUUGUUCGACGCGGCGACUGGCGCCCUCGAGGGUGAGUACUGGGAUUCUCCCUCCGUUCAUCUGCAACGAGCCACUCACACGAACCAGCCCUGCCACACAAUGCGACCAUCUUGCUGUGCUCGACAGUCCCGCCAGCAUAUUACGACACACUAG